AUGCACCUGCACGCAGCCGGCGCCGUGCACCUCCAGUAUUUCAUGCCCCGGCACCAGCCGCAGGAGGCCGCCACCGACCUACAGGCGCAGGGCUCGUCGUCGGCCGUGUGCAGGCGCAGCUCGUCGUCGUCCACUUCGCCGGCGGCCACCAUGUGGGAGUACCACCAGGCUGCGCAUGCGGCGGCCUUGCAGACCGCCUCCCCGUCGGCGUCCUCUUUCCCCUCCUGGAGCUCAUCCUACGCCGGUACCACGGCGGCGCUCCUCGGCUCCGGCUCGGCCUUCGCCACUGACGCCUCGUCGCCGCCGGACUUGCGCCUUCCGGCCUCGACGGAGCAUGGCCAUGUCCAUGCAUGGAGCCAGCACGGCGAACAAAGCAACAGCACUUGCUACAGGGAGAACUUCCUCGACCUGCUCGCGUCGAAGAACGUGACGCAGGAGAUGUUCGAGGACGUCCCCGCCGGUCACUACACCGCGCAGGCGCUGUCGGGGCGGCUCGGAGCGGGCUCCGAUGUUGCACCGAUCAAGUACGAGACCACCGGCGGCUCGCCGCUGUUAUUUGGGGGCACUACUGGUAUGCACCAGGGGAUGAACAUGGCGGCUUGCACGCCAUGCUACCCCUACGCCGACCACCACCAUCAGAUGAAGGAAGGCGGCAACCAGCAGCAAGAGCUUGCAGCCCCGGCCAUGGCUUCCUUUCUUCAGCAGCUGAGUUCAAAUGCUAGUGCUGGCAUGCAUGCUGGUUUGGAUUAUUCAGGCAUAGGACUUGACAAGAUUUGCCAGGAGGGCCGAGCAAUGGAGGCUAGCUCUUUUGGCAUGAGGAGCUUGCCGGAUCUCAGCUCUUUCAGUGGCUACAGAUCAAACGCAGAAUCGACAUCAUCGGUGCAACCGUACCUGAGAUCCAGCAAUCUGCCUGACAGCAGUAAACAAGAACAGGAUAUUGUGUCGGCAAGGAGUAGCAGCAGCGGCAGUGGAGCGGCGAGUGACCGGAAGAAGCGGCCGUCCGAGGAGAGGACGAGCACCGUGAAGAAGUCGAAGCAGGAGGGCUCUAAACCAUCUCCUCCCAAGCAACAAGUGCCUAAAGUGAAGAUAGGAGAGAAGAUCACAGCAUUGCAGCAGAUCGUUUCGCCAUUCGGGAAGACUGAUACAGCGUCGGUGCUGUUUGAGACGAUCAAGUACAUCAAGUUCUUGCAUGAACAAGUGCAGUUACUGAGCGAGCCGUACACGAACUCGGGCAGGAACAAGGGUAACCUUCCUUGGGCGGUAGAGCAUGCGGAGACGAGCAAGGGGGAUCAGGCUCAGGCGGAGCACGACCUGAGGGACAGGGGCCUCUGCUUGGUCCCCGUCUCAUGGACCCCGGAGGUCUACCGGGACGGCACCGCCAUGGACUACUGGACGCCGGCGUACAGGGGCUGCCUGUACCGAUGAGACCUCGAGCGCCUGCCUGCUAGUAGCUGAAGAGUUGCUUACUGAUCAUCAGUGGCUCUGCUCUCGGAGUCGCGUAGGGACGACCCCAGUUGAUCUCUGCUUAAUUACGGUGCUUGUGGUUCUAGCUAGUACGCACGGGUUUGUUAAUUUGGUUUAGUUUGCAGCGUUUGUGUUUGUUGAUUUGUACUAGCUAGCGCUGAAGAAAUCAUCUGAAUUAAUCGGCGUCCACCUUAGCUGCUCACAUCCGUAACGAUGUUCCACCACAGCAGCAGAAUUAGCCUCAAGUUUCUUUGUUUGUUGUUUGAUGAACUAGUGGCUGUUAGUUAAUACAGAAUUUAUAGGAUCUCAGA